AUGUUUGGGGGCUACCCAACACUGGCUUUGGUGGCAUUGGCCGCUGGAGCCGUCUCUUCCCAGGAGGUCUACGACUACAUUGUGGUAGGCAGCGGUCCGGGAGGAGGACCCGUGGCCGCCAACCUCGCCAGGGCCGGCUACAAGACUCUUCUUCUCGAGGCCGGCGAGGAUCGUGCAGACGACCCCAUCUGGGGCUCGAUUGCCAACAACUAUGCCGCCGUGAACAGCCCGUUGGCCCGCUGGGACUUCUUUGUCCAGCACACGGAAGACCCGGAGCUCCAGGACCGAUACGAGAGACAGACCUAUCGCACGACCAACGGGUCCUUCUACACCGGCGUUGACCCUCCUCCCGGGGCUGAGAGACUCGGUAUAUAG